GUACUUUGCAACCCUGUAGGAUACUGAUGAAACAAAUAGAAUUUUCACAGACAUGGAUAAUACAGGAACACAAGACACUUUUUCACAGUUAAGCCAGGAAAAGAUCCUCAAAAUUAUGAACAUGGUGAAAAAUAAAGAAGUGAGCAUUGAGGGGGCUUUGCAUUUGGCACAGAAGGAGGUGUAUGCUGAGAAGGACUCCCAGGAUUUGUUAACUGGAUCACAAUUUAACUUCAUUAUCUACAAAUACAAACACUAUCGGUGGCAGAAGCGAAUUUUGCAGAUUGAUUUCAACACAAGGACCAUUUUUAACAUUGAAAAAGGAACUAUUAAGAAACAGUUCCCUUUCUCUCAAGUCAAAGCCUGUGAAGACACUGAAAGGAGGCGCUUCAGCAUUGUGUUUCAUGGGCGACAAGAUUAUGAGCUGGAAGCUGUGUCUCUUGAUGAUAAAAGGAAGAUAAUAUACCUCCUGAGCAGAGUUUUACAGAGCAAUUCAUACAAGAGACCAGUGGAGUCCUGCUCUGGGAGACCUGCAGAAUGGGAUGUGAUACAUGAAGGGCUGCUGGAUUUGCAGCAAAACACUUUUGCAUCCACUGAAUGGGUGAAGUACUUGGUGCAACUACGUGAAGGAGAAUUGACUUUAUAUUGCAUAGGUCUGGGAGGAAAGAACAGCACUGCAGACCCUGGAGCAAACACAAUUAAUUUGUCAGGUGGGGAUGUGAGUGUCAGCAAGGAGAAUGGAUGCAGCACCUUUUCAGUUCAGACCAAAGAUCACAAUUAUUUGUUUCGAAUACCCUUUACUGUCCAAAACAGCAGGCCAGAGGAUGUUGGCAAGCUCCAGAAUGAAUGGGUGUCUCUCCUAGAAAGGUACUGUCAGCUGGGCCAGGGGGCCUCCCCACCUCAGGAGGAAUCUCAAGGGUGCACCUCCCCUGAAGCUGAUUAUGAGGAAUUUAUUGUACCUCUGAAUGAACAGAAAGAGGAGACUCUGCACUUUGGUAUUCACAAAUCUGUCUGGGGAUCACGUGACCCAUGUAAGAAGAAAGUUGAUGUAUCCAGGCUCUGUGAACAGUUCCAGAUCCAGGACACAGCAGUAUUUUCGGGCAAUGAGCCUUCAGUGAAUCAGCACAUCAUGUUAGACCGAAAAGUCGCACAUAACUUCAAGCAGACAUGUGAAAUCAUGUGUGUCACCUGUGAAAUCAAUGUAAGACUGACUUUAGAGGCUUUUCAAAUUUUGUGGGUUGUUCAGGUAAAGAAAAGUCAACAGGAGCAGGUUGGGAACCAGAAGUUUGAGUGCUGUGCUCAGUCUCUCUCCUGCAUUGAGGUCAAGAAAUUCAUGUAG